CCCCGCGCGCCGCCGCCGCCGCCAUGGAGCGGCGCGUGGCGGAGCGACUCCGCGGCACGCUGGGCCCGCUCGGCCUCGAGGCGCACGCCUUCAAGGUUGGGUGGUACAAUGCUGUUCUCCAGCCAGCCUUCCAUCUCCCCUACCCAGAUGACACACUGGCCUUUGUGGUUCUCAGCACACCUUCGAUGUUUGACAAAGCCCUGAAGCCUUUUGUGAACAAAGAACGAUUAAAAAUAAUCAGGGAUCCUGUGGAUCAGUGCCUUUCCCAUCAUUUGUCWCGUGUGAAGGAGAAAUUCCCUGACCAGAGAGUGGAUGUCAUGUUUGAUUACGAGAUUCUGCCGAGCCGAAAGCCCAAGUUCCUGGCACAGACAGCUGCCCACGUUGCUGGAGCUGCAUAUUACUACCAAAGGAAGGAUGUGAAGCUUGAUCCUUGGGGGAAAAAGAAGAUCUACGGUGUGUGUAUUCAUCCCAAGUACGGAGGCUGGUUUGCUAUCCGGGGUCUCGUCCUCUUCCCAGACAUUCAGGUGCCAUUCCUGGAGCAGCUUGCCCCUGUUGACUGUGUGAGCACGGAGGACAAAAGGAUUGAGUUGCUGGAGCAGUUCAAUUUCCACUGGCAGGACGGCCGCUACAGGGACAUCAUUGAAGUGAAGGAAAAGUACUCGGAGGAGCAAAAAGCCUAUUUUGCCACUCCUCCAGCCGAGAGACUCCGGCUGCUGGGGCUCACACAGGAAGCCGAGAGAAUCACAUUUCACUGAGUAACUGGCUCCGCGGAGGGCAGAGGGCAGCAAAGGGUAACUCAUGAGCACCGGCUUUCCCCGGUGCUAAGAGGAGGAGGAGGAGGAGGACGGUGUGCUGAUCCAGAGAUGCCAAAUCAAUCCGAACAUCAGCUCCCCGGAGAGAGGGGCACUGCUCCGUGCUCUGGGGAGAGGUGGGAGCAGUCCCACCAUGCUGCUGCUGAUCUGGGGUGCUUCUGGGGAUGCCAGUUAGCCUUUGGUUGGGAAUAGUCCAGACACCCUGGCAACUUUAAAACCCGUGCUGCUCAUUAGAGAACUCAYGUUCUCAAGAAUUUUCUUUCCGAAUGUUCUCGUUUAAUUCAUUGCAAGUGUAAAAGAAAAGUUUGUCAUUMAUUUGGUUUUGUCUAAACAUGGGGCAGGUACUUUUUUAGAUGUAUSCAGCAUUUUAUUAUCUAUCCUGAGGAAUACAUGUUCAGUCUUUUCAGUCUUGCUUAGGUCACAUUUAAGCAUUUGUCCAUUUAUAGAGCAGCUCACUGAACUAUUUGGAAAGUAACGUCUAUAUGAGUGGAGUUUUUACUCAUCUUAAGAUAACUGAAAAAUACAAUUCUCAUGACCUUUCUAAGRUAGGUAGUGUUUGGGUUUAAAGUAUUUUUCAGUGCCAGCACACACCCCACACCCCACAGUCACUGCCACAGUUUCCUGGUGUGCUUUCUGUGUGAGGAAGAGUGUAAACCUGCACAAACAUAAAAGCCACAGCACAAAGCCUUGUAACAUGCAAAACAAGCACAGAGGAAAGGAAAAUAUUAAUGACAUUCAUGUUACUUUUAUUGCUGGCUAAAACAUGUUCAGACAGAAACGUAACAUUCUUCACAUUACUUGGUCCUUUCAGAUUUGUCCAGAGGCUACGAUGGCACUGGAAAUGAGGAAUUAAUGUAUCUUUGAUGAAUUAGAGGCUCAGAUCUUGUUAAAGUAAUAGAAUACAUUAAAAUAAUACUUUGUGGGAGUUGUUUUACUUGACUGCAGUGCAACGCUGCAAAUGGUUAAGCACUUUGUUCCUUCUGAUGGUACCAACAUGGUGAUGCAGAAAUACUCACUUGUAGAACUGAGCCUUUCUCUUUAUGUUGGGAUUCCUCAAACCUUUUGGAGACUCAAACACAAAGGUUGCCCUCAGUAAGUCACUGCUCGAUACAGUUUCUCAGUCUGUUCACUAACUCACUGUAAUCCAAAUGCAGAAUAAUAAGUUUGCUUUCCUGUAAACAGAGUAGUGAGCAUCUGAUCACUGGGUUUGUUCGUUGGGUUUUCUGUUACAAAAAAGUCUUUGUUGCUUUCUAUGCUUUGUUCACCUGACUCAGUGUGUGAUAGAGGUAUUGUAAUUUUUAAUUUAAGUAAAAUAAUGAAAUUUGUUUUAAUUCUGUWCUUYCGUUACAGAAUURCUUCUGGUUGAAAUUUGACUCUGGUUGAAAGUUUUAGAACUUUCCAACUGAACUGUAAUUUAACAGGGGCUUGAGCUAAUGGCUUAUAUUAGUAAUAAGCACGAAAUACUGAUUCUCUUAGAAGGAUAAAUAUAGAUUGGAAUCAAAGCUAUCUUUUUAUAUUACAAUUUAAAAUACUUAGAUUUUUUGGCAUUGAUUUCUUACAAAUAUUUAAUAUUUUGUUUUAAUUUAUUGAACAGAUUACCGUAGCCAUUGCAUUUCAAUUUUUGUAAUUUAUUUCUCUUCAAAUGGUAUUUU